AUGGCUACUGCCGCACGAGAGACGGCUCUCCACACGCUUGAGAUACGUGCGCGGCCCCCACGAACCUGGCUUCAGACGCUGAACGGCGUACUAUUCCUUGUCGUAUUCUUGUUUGGAUGCUUGAUGAUCAAUGGCUCGCAAAUUGUAUUUCUGCUGCCGCUGAAGCUCUUCCCAUUCGCGUGGACCGAGAGGGUAUACUAUGAAGGCAUUCGCUAUAGCAAAAGGGCUUUCGGUACCCUCAUCGUGCUCAUGUGCCAGCUAUUCUCGCCGACAAAGCUGAUGAUCACAUUCGAGCGGGACGGACAAGGCCGCUUCUCCGAUGAGCAAAUUCAGCGACUGGUAGUUCGCGACAGGGAGGGCCGGGUGGUGGGACUGCGCCUGCCCCAGCGUGCAGUGCUCGUUGCGAAUCAUCAGAUCUACGCUGACUGGUGGUAUGCGUGGACUUUGACGUACUACAUGGGUACCUAUUCGGAUGUCUUUAUCGUCCUCAAGGAUAGCCUCAAGUGGAUCCCCAUCAUGGGUUGGGGGAUGAGGAUGUACAACUUCAUAUUUCUCAAGCGGUCCUGGGCAUCGGACCGUUUGCACUUGUCAUCGAGUCUAUCCUGGCUUGGCCGUCGUGCCGAGACACAAGAUUCUCCCCUGACGUUAUUUCUGUACCCCGAAGGCACGCUAGUCAGUAAGAACACGAGACCGCUUAGCAAGAAAUAUGCAGACAAGCUGGGGAUUCCCGACCUGACGCACACUCUUCUUCCUCGUUCAACAGGGCUGCACUGGUCGCUGCGCUCACUCGCCCCGCGUAUACCCAGCUUGCAGCUGAUUGACAUCACCAUGGCGUACCCAGGUAUCCCACCCUUCCGAUAUGGCCAGGAUUUCUACACCUUGCGCUCAAUCUUCAUUGACCGGGUGCCCCCGCCAAGUGUUCAUAUGCACAUCAGGAACUUCAACGUAGCAAGAGAAGUCCCAAUAGGCGAUAUAUCCGCCAGUAACCCGAAUGUGCUCCCGCACGAAUCACCUAAGGAACGGACAAUGGAGAUUGACAUCCCAGAACACGAGAAACAGAAGUUCGAGGUGUGGUUACGGGACCUCUGGCGCGAGAAGGACACCAAGAUUUCCAAGUACCUAGAUACUGGUUCCUUUGUCGGCGGUGAUGAGGUCGAGAUUGAGGUUCCUUUGCGACUACGGCGCGCCCAUGAAGCCCUAGAUGCGUUUUGCUUCUUCAUGCCGGUAGCAGUCUUUUGGGCAUGGUGGCGAUUUGGGUGA